GUGGGCUUUUUCCUUUUUUUUUCUUUUCAUUUCUUUUUUUUCUUUUUUUUACGUCGACGCUUCCAGGGUGGCAUAGAAAGGAGGACUUUUGCGGGCUCUAAUGGCUUAGUGGGUACACUGGCUGCAUACAUGCUUGAUAUGACAUCAUUGCGAGGGUUUGGGGUAAAUCUUAGGCUAUCCGUUUUCCUCCCGGAGCACUGUUCGUCACACAUCUGUAACCGCUGGAAUCCUUUUUUCAGCACCUGGACAGCUCCCGUUCGUGAACCUCUUAUUAUUAUCGGGCACAUGGAGUCCCUGAUGUGAUUCUGGGGGAAGCCCUGCAAGCACAUCAUGCCUCCCUGCGAAGAUGUCGUUAUCACCCUGAUUCAGUGACAGCCUCGUCGUCUCCUUCUGAAGGAUGGUGCUUACAGUCCGGAGUAGGUGUUUUUGUCGUGCGCUAUCUUCUGAGAGGCGAUACGGGUGCUUGGCCAACGCAAAUCUAAGGCUAAUCGCAACCUACACACAGCAAGAUCCGAGCUUCCCUCACACUGAUCAUCAUCAUCAUCAUCCACGGCAAGGAGGGAGAUAUAACCAUCAUCACUGCGAGGGCAAAGGAGUCACGACCACACUUUACAAAAUGUAGAGCAAGACAACACAAGAGGAGCCCAGUCUCUGCAGCGGUGAAAUCAUAUUUCACACUUGGGGUUAUUUAGCGUGGACGUCUAUUUGCAGCAACAAGACCUCGACAUGAGCAACACUCAGGCUCCUCCCCAGGCCGGAGCCUCAGAGCUGGAGGUCAUCUCCCAGCAGGUAGAGGACGACAACCAGUGUGUGGCCCCCGUCCAGCUGGUCAGCUUCACCUACAGAGACUUGCCUUUGGCAGCACUGGACAUAUCCCUCGCUGGAUCCCAGCUCAUAUCUAACCCAGAUGAAGAGGAUAGCAGAGAGGGGUCAAACUGGCUGAAGCCAUGCUGUGGACGAAGGGCAGCGCUGUGGCAGGUCUGUCUGCUGUCGGCAGGCUUCAACUGCUUCCUAGUGGCUUGUGUCAUUCUGGUGGUGGUGCUGCUGCUGCUGGAGCUGCUCAUAGACACCAAGCUGUUACAGUUUAAUAAUGCAUUCCAGUUUGCCAGCAUCAUCCACUGGAUCAGCUUGGCCAUUCUUUCUGUGUUCUUCACUGAGACCGUGUUCAGGAUCGUGGUGUUGGGGAUAUGGGAUUACAUCGAGAACAAAGUAGAGGUGUUUGAUGGAGCUGUCAUCGUACUCUCUCUGGCCCCCAUGGUGGCCUCCACAGUGGCCAACGGCCCCAGCAGCCCCUGGGAUGCUAUCGGUCUCAUCGUUACGCUGCGGAUCUGGAGGGUUAAGAGGAUCAUUGACGCCUAUGUCCUGCAAGUAAAGGUGGAAAUGGAGCUGGAGAUCCAACAGUAUGAGAAGGCCAAGGCUGUGAGGGAGGAACAGCUUGAUCGACUCACCCAGAUCUGCCAAGAACAGGCCUUUGAAAUCAGGCAGCUCAGGGCCCACCUGGCUCAGCAGGACCUGGAUCUUGUUGCAGAGCGUGAAGCAGCCAUGCAGAUCCACCAUAUGUGGGGUAAACAGAGCAGCAGUUUCCAGGAGGUGGACGGUCUGGCCCCUGGGGCCUCUGAGCAUCACAGGCCAAACAAAGUUAGAGAGCCUGGGGGUGCUGCAGAUCAUCAUGGUCAAGAUGACAUGAACAACUAUAUCAGCCAGUACUACAGUGAGCCAAGCAGUGACACAGGGAUCCCAGACCCAGCGCGAGUCAUUACAACAGCAGCCAUAGAUGUGCACCUGCCUAACAACCCGAGUCAGCUACCGCCCUCUUUGGUAAGCGCCGAAGCGGUGCCGUCCAGCCGUUUGCAGCGCACAGGCAGCUCGGUCAGCGAAGCCUCCACAACCACAGUGUCCCGCGCCAGCUUCAGCACCCGUCAGCACAGCAUCAGCAGCCACACACUUGGCUCCACCAUGGACUGCAGCUCCACGGUGCGUGAGGCCUCCACGUCCACAGACUACAGCGACCAACGUUGCUACCCUCCGCCCUACAGCAGCCCUCUGGCUCUGGGCACUCAGCCGAGAGGGAGCCCCAGCGCUGUGGUGCAGGAGUUGCUCUCUUCUCUGUCUGAGGACUCGUGUCUCACACAAAAGGGCCUCGACCCCGUCAACCUGAAACCACCCAGCCCAACAGGUUCCACGAAAACCAGCCCCGAGCUGGAACACAGGGUCAACAUCUACAACAAGAGGAACCAGGAGAGCCGAGUCGGGCUCAACUCCAAGACAGUCAUCCAUCUGCAGGGUAACGAGCCUCUCCUAGAGGAGAAGUAUAGGAUGAUGGGGCCAGUAGAUACUCAAAUCAACCGUCUAUCAGAGACAUAAGAGCCUGUAAAAUGUAUAACUUCACAGGACUCGCUCUUUAUUUCAGCCACAAAAAUUAUUGCUCUACUAAAUUCCCAAACUUCGCUGCUGGGAGUCACUGGCACAUAAACUGUAUGUCUGACAUCCUCUUUGUACUACUGGAGCUGAGAGGAUGAACCCGUGGGAGCAGCACAAACAAAGGGCAUGGAUGAGAGAGGGAAGCAGACUUGUUAUCAGGCAACACUUAUCAGGAAUUGACACUCAUAAAAACACUUUUACUAAAAGAAACCAGCAAUGGGGCUUUUGUCCAAAACUGAAAACUGAAAAUCACUUUUGAUACAUUAAAGUCUGAUUUCUAGGAAAUGAAACCAGUGAGAGGAUGGUGCUGAGGGCUUAGUUCCUCUGAUACACUUUGUAGAUGUGGAGAUAAUGGCGUAGGGACUGAUUUGAGAUAUAAAGUGAAAGUUUCUUUCUGAGUGUAAUAUGUAUAUGAGCCGUUUUGUCUGUCUAGAAUCUCCAAACUCAUAAAGAAAAGUCCUCUUUGAUGGACUGCUGCAGGGUACCAUUGGAUCUUCUUUCUAAUCCGUUUCUAUAUUUGCGUUAACAUUUUUAAUCUAAAUUCUGUGAGUGAAGAGAGUGCAGAAUCCUUUUGAUUGAUGGAUGAGUCGUGUUGAGUUUUUAUCCAGAUGCCAUGACUGGAAACCGACCAAACCCAGCUGAGUCAAAUGUCUGAGAUUUUGCAAACUAUGGCAUGACCAUCACUCGACAAGCUAACUGAAAAACCUACCUACACAUGACAUAUUUCACACAAUUCAGGUCUAUCUUUUUUUCUUUGUAUUACUUUAAUGUUUGGAAGUUGUGUAAAUAUUUCAGAUUGGGUUUGGUCAUCUAGUCACAGCUCAAAAACAGCGAGGGACUCGAAAGCUAGAAUAAAAUGCUGAACAGGACAGAAUAGCAUGAACCUCUCAGAUUUGCCACCAUAUUGCAAAGUCUGUUUAUUGUUCUGUCAACAGGCACUUUCUAUCUUGAUCAUGGAAAGACAUCAUUGCAAAAUGAACCCAAUAAAGUGAAAAACAUGGCAAGUUAAUAAAACAAGUCAUUAGUGUCAAUUAAAUAAACUUUCAAGGAGCAUGUCAUUAGUCACAUAACCUCUAAGUCAGCACGAAGAGCUACAUCUUAGAAGGAAUCACAGAGCUGAGAAUUUCCAAAGAUCUCCUUUAAUGUCCCAGAAAGUUACAUACAAAUAACACAUGUACUACCGUAAGCAAAAAAAGGAAAC